UGCAUUUUUUAAAAAUCACGACCGAACACAAUACCAAAAAAAUGCAUAAGCACUUACAAAUCCGGAAAACAAUGUAGUUUGUUUAAAAAAAUAUGGUGGACCCAGAUCUAGAACAUCCAUUGGCUUGUUUAAUGAAGAAGGGACUUCUUGCCAUUUAUCUUUUACUACUGCCACAGGUAGGUGGAUCGUACUGCUAUUACAGUUCCUCUAAUGGCAGAUACUACUGUGACUAUGGCUAUGACGCAAAUUCCGCGGGAUCAGUCGUCGCAGCUGUUGUGGGGGGCAUUGUUGGGAUGAUUUUCUUCAUUACGUGUAUCGCCUUAUUAGUCUGUACACUCAACCAAAAGAAGAAGAAGAAAAAAAAGCAAAACCAAAGUCAAAGAAAUCAAGUACUCUCCUUCGGAGCGGACGCUUCAAAUGCAUUUCACACACAUGGAAAUCCAACGUAUGGCGUUCCCAUGCACGAACUAAAUGGCGGAUUCCAGUACAUGAACGGACCGAAUCCUUCCGCUCCUAACCUAGUACAAUAUGGCGUUCAGCCUUCUGCUCCCCCACUACCGCCUUCCUCCCCUCCUCCUGCAUUCCAAUAUAUACCCCCUCCCCCUUCUUCUCAAGAAAUUCAAGAAUCCACUUCCUCUUAAUGAACUGUACUGUGGUGGCUGAUUUUUAUAGACCCUAUUGACGGGAAGAUAUUUUUGAGUGUCGAUUUCAUUUACAAACAAAACAAUGUAUAAUUAAUUUGCCGAACCUGAAAUUUUUCUUAUAAUCACCAUGAUAUAUGCACUGUUUAUGUCACAAUUGAAGCGAUCGUGUCUUGGACGUGAUCUCCGGCAUAAAACAUAGCUGAAAGAUCAUCAAAAAAGAAGCUAACAGAUCAUUUUCUUAAUUGUGAUUUUCAUGUACGAAGUGAUACAUACCUUACCAACAAUUCAGCGACACUGAUAAUUUAUUCAUCAUGAUAUAUCAUGAUAGCUGAAACACUCGUCUGGCUAAAGCUGAAUGGUGAAAGCUAUAAAAUGUAUUGAUUCUUUAUGUCAAUUUACAGUCUCAUCCGAUAUAAUAAUCUGUUUGAACAAACUGUUGUAGUUGUGUUUCUUUAUUCAUGUAAAUGUUUAUAAAGAUGCAAUCCAAUGCAAUAAUAUGUACACUGCUUCUUUUCUGCUUGUUCAGCACAACUUCACAAAAUCCUUUUCUGAUAUAAAUAAACAGCAACAUUUAGAAUUUAUAUUGCAACGCUUUAACAC